AUGGCUUCCGCUUCUUCUUCGACCUCCAGCCCGCAGUACAGAUCAAGGUUCGGCGACACAACCUUGACCAAGGUCUUCGUGGGAGGUCUGGCUUGGGAGACCCCCACCGAGGAGCUCCGCCGCUACUUCGAACAGUUCGGCGAAAUCCUCGAGGCCGUCAUCAUCACCGACAAGUUCACCGGCCGAUCCAAAGGCUACGGCUUCGUGACGUUCCGGGAGCCGGAGUCGGCGAGGCGGUCAGUGGCGGACCCCAACCCGGUGAUCGGCGGCAGGCGAGCCAACUGCAACAUUGCGGCCUUGGGCAGGCCAAGGCCGCCCUCUCCACGCCUAGGGAGGAGCCAAGAUGGGAGCAUGUACCAGGGCCCACCACCACCAUAUGGCAGACUGCCAGCACAAGUGGGCCCCCCAGUCAUCUACCCUGCUCCUCUCGGGUAUCUGACCUACCCAUCUGAAUAUGGAUAUCAACAAGCUGCUAUGUACAAUCCCCAAGUGGCAUCCUACUACUACCAACAGCUAUAUGGACCAACGUCACCAUCAGCUGUUGGACCUCCACCCUACCACCAUUACCCUCACAUGGGGUACUCUAUGCAAAGUCCCAGGGCAGGGUUUCCUUCUCUAGCACAAGGCCCACGGCCACCAUACAUGCAGCAGCAUCCUGCACCCCACAUGCAGGGGUCCUUCAUUCCCUCCUCCUCGCAACAACACCCGUUUCAGCUCCAACCCCCACCACAUGCAAGGCAACCCCUGAGCACAGCAGUAGACUUACAAGCUCCUCAGCAACCCUCCACAGCUGGAGCAAACACCGAUAACCAGGAUGCUUGAAGGUGGCAAUUCACAUCCUUCCAGCAUAACUUCUGCUCAUCGGUCCUUCUGAUUGAUCACAAGGAACAAUGGGAACAUGGAUUUAAUAAAGUUGUGACAAAGCUUAAAAGGCUGAGUUGAAAAUUUGCAUUAAGAUCUCCCAAGUCAGUGAUGAAACUACUUCAGCAGCCCCAUGAUGAGCAGUAAUUGACGCCAAACUUCUUUUUUGUUUAUUUUUUCCCUAAUUCUCAUUUUUUGUAAGACAUCUGUCCAGUGCAUCUUUGAAUUAAAUCUCAAAUUUUCAUUUCGACA